CCACCACCGCCCCGCCCCGUCUCAAGUCUAAAGGAGCCAUCGGCCAGCGUCCACUCGGGGAACGCGUGAGCAGUUGCUUUUCGAGCGUUCCUGGUCCUUCAGACCAAGCCCGCCACUUCGCUCCCUUCCAGCCUUUGACUCCAUUAAAACGGCCAUCCAUCCCUCUGCUGCGUCAGGGACGGAACCAGACGCGCUAGGCCUCUACGGCACGGCUCAGCGUCGGCCGCUGCGUGCGCAGCCUCACCGGGGGCCCCGCCCCUUCCGCCGCUCGUGCGCAAGCACCGCCGCCUCGGCGAGCCCGGGUUGGUUACCCCGGCGGCCUCCUCGGCAGUAAUGGCUUCUCUGAUGUGAUUAGUUUCCCCCGCCCCCUCGCGUAGGACGCGGCGGCGGGGCGGCGGUGGAAAGCCCAACUUUAUUGUUCCCCCGGCCCACCUCCCAGCGCGUCCUCAGGAUGCUCGGGGGCUGAGCGCCGGGGGCGGCGGAGGGUCGCGGUCCAUCCGGGCCCUCGCCUCAGAGCGCAGGGCCCAGGGAGGGAGGGAGGCACGAUGUCAGGUAGCCGCCAGACCGGCUCGGGUUCCGCUGGGACGAGCCCCGGUUCCUCGGCGGCCUCUUCGGUGACUUCCGCCUCCUCGUCCUUAUCCUCGUCUCCGUCGCCGCCUUCCGCGGCGGCCUCGGCGGCGACGCUGGUCUCUGGCGGGGCGGCUCCGGCCGCGGGCUCGGGCGGCCUCGGUGGCCCGGGGCGGCCUGUGCUAGUGGCGGCCGCGGUGUCCGGCAGCGGCAGCGCGAGCACCGGCGGGGCGGUGUCCGCGGGCCUGUCCCGGCUCAGCUGCGCGGCCAGGCCCAGCGCCGGUGUUGGAGGGAGCAGCUCCAGCCUGGGCAGCAGCAGCAGCAGCAGUAGGAAGCGACCUCUGCUCGCCCCGCUCUGCAACGGGAUCCACAACUCCUACGAGGACAAAAGCAACGACUUCGUCUGCCCCAUCUGCUUUGAUAUGAUUGAGGAGGCAUACAUGACAAAAUGUGGCCACAGCUUUUGCUACAAGUGUAUUCAUCAGAGUUUGGAGGACAAUAAUAAUAGAUGUCCCAAGUGUAAUUAUGUUGUGGACAAUAUUGACCAUCUCUAUCCUAAUUUCUUGGUGAAUGAGCUCAUUCUCAAACAGAAGCAAAGAUUUGAGGAAAAGAGGUUCAAAUUGGACCACUCAGUGAGUAGCACCAACGGGCAUAGGUGGCAAAUAUUUCAAGAUUUGCUAGGAACUGAUCAGGAUAACCUUGAUUUGGCCAAUGUCAACCUCAUGUUGGAAUUACUAGUGCAGAAGAAGAAACAACUGGAAGCAGAAUCACAUGCAGCUCAGCUACAGAUCCUUAUGGAAUUCCUCAAGGUUGCAAGGAGAAAUAAGAGAGAGCAAUUGGAACAGAUCCAGAAGGAACUGAGUGUUUUGGAAGAGGAUAUUAAAAGAGUGGAAGAAAUGAGUGGCUUGUACUCCCCUGUCAGUGAAGAUAGCACAGUGCCUCAAUUUGAAGCUCCUUCUCCAUCACACAGUAGUAUUAUUGAUUCUACAGAAUACAGCCAACCUUCAGGUUUCAGUGGGACUUCUCAGACAAAGAAACAGCCUUGGUAUAACAGCACAUUAGCAUCAAGACGAAAGCGACUCACUGCUCAUUUUGAAGACUUAGAGCAGUGUUAUUUUUCUACAAGGAUGUCUCGUAUCUCAGAUGACAGUAGAACUGCAAGUCAGUUAGAUGAAUUUCAGGAAUGCCUGUCCAAGUUUACUCGAUACAACUCAGUAAGACCAUUGGCCACAUUGUCAUAUGCUAGUGAUCUCUAUAAUGGUUCCAGCAUAGUUUCUAGUAUCGAAUUUGACCGGGAUUGUGACUAUUUCGCAAUUGCUGGGGUUACAAAGAAGAUUAAAGUCUAUGAAUAUGGCACAGUCAUCCAGGAUGCAGUGGAUAUUCAUUACCCUGAGAAUGAAAUGACCUGCAAUUCCAAAAUCAGCUGUAUCAGUUGGAGUAGUUACCAUAAGAAUCUGCUAGCCAGCAGUGAUUAUGAAGGCACUGUCAUACUAUGGGAUGGAUUCACAGGACAGAGGUCAAAGGUCUAUCAGGAGCAUGAAAAGAGGUGUUGGAGUGUUGACUUUAAUCUGAUGGAUCCUAAACUUUUGGCUUCAGGUUCUGAUGAUGCAAAAGUGAAGCUGUGGUCUACCAAUUUAGACAAUUCCGUGGCAAGCAUUGAGGCAAAGGCUAACGUGUGCUGUGUGAAAUUCAGUCCCUCUUCCAGAUACCAUUUGGCUUUUGGCUGUGCAGAUCACUGUGUUCACUACUACGAUCUUCGUAACACUAAACAGCCAAUAAUGGUAUUCAAGGGACACAGAAAAGCAGUCUCUUAUGCCAAGUUUGUUAGUGGUGAAGAAAUUGUCUCUGCCUCAACAGACAGCCAACUAAAACUGUGGAAUGUGGGGAAACCAUACUGCCUGCGUUCCUUCAAGGGUCAUAUUAAUGAAAAAAACUUUGUAGGACUUGCUUCCAAUGGAGAUUAUAUAGCUUGUGGAAGUGAGAACAACUCCCUCUACUUGUACUAUAAAGGACUUUCUAAGACUUUGUUAACUUUUAAGUUUGAUACAGUCAAGAGUGUUCUGGACAAAGACCGGAAAGAAGAUGACACAAAUGAAUUUGUCAGUGCUGUGUGUUGGCGGGCACUAUCAGAUGGGGAGUCUAAUGUGCUGAUUGCUGCUAACAGCCAGGGUACAAUUAAGGUGCUAGAAUUGGUGUGAAGGGAUUCCUGAAGUCAAAUCGUGUUUGAUCCUCCCGAAAACCAUCUGCAGCUGAUGAUGAGAAAGAAAAAAAUGGCAUGUGAUGUCUCUCCAAAGUCAGCCUGGAUUUGGGAUUUGUUCUGAGCACCUUCUUUCCUCCUUUUACACCAUUGAGACAUUGGGAAUACCCAGAGAAUUCUCCGCCAUCAGUGUAACCAUGAACUUCGCUGUUGGCAGUGUGGCUAAUUUUUGUGAUAGGGAAACAAAUUCUUUUAAAUAAAAAUAAUAAAAGUUUAUUGAGCCACAGCUGAGCUGGGAAUGCAUUUGCCAGGUGUGGUGAGAGUCUUUUGAAGAAGUAGAGGUGUGGGCUGUAGAGAAGGUACUGCCUGGGGCAGGAGAGAGGCUCAGUGAAGAAGAGCACUGGCUGCUCCUACAGAGGAUCCAGGUUCAGUUCUCAGCACCUGCUGAGUACCUCGCAGCUACCUGUAGCUCCAGUGGGAGAUCUGGCAUCCUCUUCUGGCCUCCUGGCACACCAGGUAUGCAUGUGGUAUACGUACAGACAUCCAGGCAAAAUGCUCACACAUUAAAAUGAAAAUAAAUCUUAUUUUAAAAGAAAAAAAAAUGUACUGGCGAGUAAUUUUAAAGUUGUUUUUCCCACCCCUUUUGGAAUUGUGCAUAUCAACAUGAACAAAAGAUGAAAUGUGUGGAUUCCUUCCAGUGAGUUUAAUGAUUGCAAUAAAAAAAGAUUAAGAAUCUC